AUGCGUCGCGUCAGGUGCAGCUAUGGUAUCCUGGGCAGCGUGGGUGUCGGUGGCCUUGGCGGGGGGAUACAGGGGUUAGGGUUGAGGGGACUGGGCGCGGCAGUGGCUGAGGGGAGUGGGAGCGGCAGUGGCACGUGCUGUAGUUGGUUGAGGGGAGUGGGAGGGGAAGGGGAAGAUGGGAAGGGAUUUAAAGGGGGAUUCCUGUAG